GCCUCGCAUGAAGCGAGGGAAAAAAUUAUAAAUCGAGGCGACUUGCGCUGUGUGCUCGCAUGUGCUUAUUUCUCGGAUAAGGUUUUCGAGACCCUUCGAUCGAAACGCGACAAUAAAAAUACAGGACUAUUUUAUAUAAAUCGUAAAUUAAAAUUACAUAAUCGUAAGCCGUACGUUUAUAAUAUUAACGUAUAAUAAAUAUUAAAUUCGAGCUGCAAAUUAAUCAUCCCUUGAACGAUGUUUGUUUAUUUCAAAGUGUUGUAAGCUGCAAAUCGAUUUAUACCGAAGAUGUCGUUGAAGAAAGAGUCUCGCACCGAUGUACAAUUUCAUCUGGCGGCGCUGCGGGGCGACUGCGAGAGACUUAAACAGUUGUUGGAUACUGGGAAAGUGCACAUCGACUCCAGAGAUCGGGAUGGCACCACACCGCUGAUUCUGUCAGCAGCGAUGGGGCACACGGAGUGCGUGAGGGAACUGUUGGCUCAGGGCGCCGAUCCCGCAUGCAGUAGAACGACAGGAACGACCGCGCUAUUCUUCGCAGCACAAGGCGGUUUCCUCGACAUAGCGUGCUUGUUACUGGACGCAGGCGCGGCUAUCGACGCACCCAGUACGGAUGGCGGCACUCCGUUGUUCGUGGCGUGUCAGUGCGGUCACCUGUCGGUCGUCGAAGAGCUCAUACGACGGGGAGCCAACGUCAACUCUUGUAUGAAGGACGGCGCCAGCCCGCUGUUCAUAGCGGCGCAGAACGGGCACGAGGAGGCGUGCCUGGCGCUGCUGGCGGGCGGCGCGCACGUGGACGCGUGCCGCAGCGACCGCGCGUCGCCGCUGUGGAUCGCGGCGCAGUGCGGCCACCAGCGCGUGGCGCGCGCGCUGCUCGCGCGGGGCGCGCACGUCGACCGCCUGCGACAGGACGGCGCCACUCCGCUGUUCAAGGCGGCGCACAAGGGGCACGCCGCGGUCGUGGCGGAGCUGCUGCGGCACGACCCGGAGCUCGGCCUGCUACCGAACGGGCAGUCGGCGCUGCACGGCGCGGCCAUGUUCGGGCAGCUGGCGUGCGUGCGGCAGCUGGCGCGGCGCGCGAGCCGUGACGUCCCGGCGCCCACGCGCCUGCGCAACGCGAGCGGCCUCACCCCGCUGCAGGCGGCGGCCGCGGCCGGCAAGCGCGACGUCGUCGCCUACCUGCGCUCGCUCGAGCACACGUGAUGCCCGCGCCCCCCGCGCCCCUCGCGCCCCUCGCGCCCCUCGCGCGCCGACACCUUCGGCGUGUUCGAAAUUCGAACGCGGUCGAUGUUUGGCGGGAAAAUUUAAUUUCUUAACGCUGAUACCGAACACAUUUGAGUACAUACGGACGGACGGUGUUCGCGACGCAUUUACUGUAGGGGUGUCACGCUUGCAGGACCGAGACAAACGUGGCCGCCGCAGUGGUCUUCUUGAAAGUCUAAGUAUGUCGUUACAGUAAAUGCGUCUCUUUUGAUUUUGUAAUGUGUUCAUUUUUUUCUGACGUAUCAAUUUAUUUAUCCCGUUCGUCCAUUUUUGUUUUCUGCGAUGUAUAAUACUACUGUGCAUUGUAUAUAUGUGUAACAUCUUAGCUCUCGGUGGCACUAAUUUCGCCACAUGGCACGGAAUCGUGUGACGAGGAGUAGAAAGCGGACUUUAAUAUAUUACCCCUUGAACACAUAGAUGGCGUUAGUGUCUCUGUUCAGUUCUAAGAAUUAUUAUUACGUUAUUAUAUUACAAAUACCGAAUAUAAUACAUGUUUUAAUAAUCAGAGGUAUUUUCUCGAUGCCCGAAAUACUUAUCUAAAUUUCGGGUUUCAUUUGUCGUAAUGCGC